GAAGAAAGUUAACCAAAGGGUGUCCUUUUGGCACGUCGGGAUUGUCUGGAGGGGCUCAGGAGGUGCAAUCCAGGCAAGCUCGUCCUUUUUCGUCCGUUGUUAUUCAACAGGAAUUUAGCUAUUGCAAGGAAAAGUAAAUUUAGAUUACACCGCUUAAUCUCGUAGAUACACGUGUUUGAUGCUGUGCGGCCGCAAGGCUGGGACCCUUUCGACUUUAGCGAUAUAAGGCGGCCUACCUCCUCAGGACGUCCGGCAUUCCUCGCACCUCAUGACACAAAACAUCUACCAGCAGACGAUGUCAGGACUUGACAACUUAGGCGCCCAGCUUGCUUCCUCCGCUCGAGAUGUUUGGGAUAGGGCAACCAGCACCGUGAAUCGGAUAGCUGACUCAAUUAGCGUUCCUCCUCGCAACGGCAGUCUAGAACGCUUAGUCCGUCCUCCUCUGGAGCGUGGCAUGGCCGCCUGGCGCUGGUCCGCCUUCGGACAAUCCACCGUGGUGCCAUUUCCCCCACCGCGCUGGGACGAUCCCCGCAUGCUCGUCACCAUCUUCAGUCUCACACACACCCUCUACGACGAGCUCGACGCGCACCACAACCACCAGCUCCACGGCUCCCCCUCUCCCACCUCCGCCUCCUUCCCGCUUCCGCCCGUGACCACCACCCUCGCGGCGGCCUCCAUCUGGCGCUACUUCACCCCAGCCCUGCUCCGGGAGGUCUGCCUCAGCCCCUACUGUGUGGUAGAGCGGCGCGAGGUGGCGCGGCUGUGGAGCGCCUGCAUAGCGCACAUAGACGCUCCGCACCUGAUGAGCAACCUGGCGGCAAUGCUGCCGGAUGCUGCGGCGCUGGAGCGAGCCAGCGGGCCCGCGGCCUUUGCGGCGGAUGUGGGUCUGCUGGCGGCACUGUCUAGCGGGCUGUUUGUUGGGUGGGCGGUUUUCGAGAAGGAGGUCCUGGAGCGUCCCAACACCUUCUACGCGGUGGGGGCGGUGGGGCUGUCCUCGCUGGCCUUCGCACUGCAGGUAAUGCGUGGCGAGGCCCGCCGCGACUCCCCCGUGUCGCUGCUGGGCAUCCCGGUGCCCGCGCAGUUCGCGUGGGUGGCGCAGCUGGGGCUUACGCACCUGGUGACGGCGCCCGACACCUCCUUCGCGGGGCACAUGUGCGGCGUGCUGGCGGGCAUCGCACACACCUACCUCAUCAAGCCGGCUCUACGCGCACUCUUGGGCGGCGGCCCCGCCUCACAGCCGCAGCCCCGCUUCUACGGCUCCGGCACCACCAGCGGCCGGCCCGUCUCCGGCAGCAGCGGCAGCGGCAGCGGCAGUCACGGUGCGGGUGACCCGCAGCAGCAGUGGCGGCGGCGACUGGCGGGUGCGUUGUCGCAGCUGGCGCUGGCUGCGGGGGCGGUGCUGGUGUAUGCGUUGGCGGCGCAGAAGCGGCAGCGGCAGCCGCUGAGUGACCUGAGGCUGCGGUGAGGUGGGCAGGCAGGCGGGCAGGGUGGGGGAAGUGGUGGGAAGGGUGGGGCCGUGUGUGUUUGGUGGGGUUUGGGUGCAUGCAUGAGCGCAGUGUGUGUGUUCGCAUGGGGGGUUGGGUGCGUUGGGUUUUGCUGUCGUUGCGGUGGUGUCGGUGUGGGUUGUUUUGCAGGUGUGUAGUCGCUGGCAAGCAGGGCAGUGUGGGGCGUGGAAGUAAACUGGCCGUGUGGGGUGAUGUGUCGUAAAGGAACAGCGAACAAGCAGGAUGUGUGUGUAUUUACCUUGCCACGUAAUGCUGUCUAGGCUGUUGCGGCGACUUGAAUGCAAGGGCAGGUUGUUGCUUACAAGUGGCAGGCUAUAGCUAAAAAGCUGUGAAGUCGGCUGGAAUGGAGCAUGCACAGGUGCUGGAGGAAUAGGAAUGAAAUGAAUUGGCGUGCGCGGUGUUGUUGCCGUAGCGGAGCAGUGCUGCUGCUGCGGCUGCGCUGCUACUGUUGGCUGCUGCUAUGUGUACCUAUAUUAGUCAUUCAGGUUGGCAGGAGGUGCCGAGACGAAGAAAUCAGAGGCUGCUUUGGAUCCCAGGGGGUUCAAUAUCAAGCGUUGGCAACAAGGCUACGGUCGCCCGUUAGCAAUAGAGCUUCUUGGGUUUAGGCGGGUUUGGUGGGUAGCGACGAUGUGGGACAUGGGCUAUUCGGUUUGUUAGGAAUUAAAAGAUAUGCCGUGACGGAGGUAAUAGGUGGUAGGGCGGGUUUGAUGGCUGUGACGGGGGCAGUCGGCAGUACGCAGGUGCGGGGCUGCGGGCGGCUGGGGCUGAGGCGAGGAGCCGCAUGCAUUGUAGGCUGGAAGCGUUACAUGGAAUACAGUGUAUCAUGUUAAAACAAGAACAGCAGUUCCUGGCCACCUCGAAUCACGUGAUGAUAUUGGCGUUUGCAAUGUUAUAAUCACCGAU